UCGCCGUUCGUUCCCACCACCGUGGUUCUAGCCAAAGUGAAGGGAUAUCCAGCGUGGCCUGCCAUGGUUCUUGAAGAGUCGCUUCUCCCGGCCAAUAUCAUACAAAAAAAGCCCAAGUCCAUCCGAGGCAAAGCCUCCAAGAAGGGCAAGCCUGCAAUCAUCCUUCCUGUCAGGUUUUUCAGUGACGACACCUAUAUCUGGAUCAGUAGCAACGACGUGAAGUUGUUGGAAAAGAGCCAGGUGGAAGAGUUUCUCAAGACCAGCCAGGGGAAGCGUAGGAGGGACAAUUUGAUCGAAUUCGCAUAUCAGUUGGCACUUGAUCCUCCAGACAUGGAGAUGUUUGUCAAGUAUGGAUCCAAGGGGUCGCAGGGAAGAUCCAAGGAAGACGACAUAGAGGAUGACUUUGAGGAGGAAUUCGAGGAAGAGGAGGAGGAAGAGGAGGAGGAGGAAGAAGAAGAAGAAGACGAAGAGGAGGUGGCGCGGCCCAAAAAGAGAUCGAGAGGAGCCAAAGCCCUGAAGGUUAAGAAGGCCCCCAAGGUGACCAAAUUGACCAAGGCUCAAGAAAAAAAGAUAGCAGCCCAAAAGCAAAAGGAAGAGGAGAAGAAGCUCUUGGCCGAGUAUGACUCGGACUGGGGUUUGGACGAUUUCAACAGCUUCAACAAAAAAGAAGGCAACUACAUUUUUGAUACAGAAGAGGAGCAGCGCCAGGUGCUCGACAAUGUGCCAGCUGCGGCAGUCAUCCAGGAGGAGUUGGCAGAGGCCCACCAGAGAUUCCUGGCGGUGGCAGAUGAUUUGAUAGAGCAAUUGCUUUCGGAGGACGCCGUCAACGAAAAGUUUGUGUUUAAAAAAUUGACUGAGUUUGAAAAGUUGUUCAAGCAAAUUCCCAAAACGGUGGUGAUGAAAAGCAAGCUACUCAGGGUGAUGAUUGUGACAGUCAGAAAAAGGGACGGGAACGAGAAGAUCAGAGAGAGAGUAUGCAAAUCAUUGAAGCAGGCAUUGGAUAUCGAUGUGGAACAAAAUUCCGAGGCAGAC